GAGAAGCUGACGGAAGAAAUACUCCGAAAUCCUUCGCAGCUGGCGGCAGCACUGGCGAAGACCAAGAUGGAGUUUGGCCCUUCGGAGGGCCAGAAUGGAUAUAUGGCCCUCACCAUUGGCUGGUAUAUGGAUAUCUUAUGCAGAAAGGUGGAUCCUCAGCAGAGGGGAAUUGAUCAGCUUCUCCGCGAGGAGAUCACCUCCAAGCUGGGCUUGGCAAGCGAAGUCUAUUGCGGCCUGCCGAGCCCUUCCGAGCUCGACCGAAAUCGCAUCGCAUCCCUGAAUUGUUUCUCGACCUUUGACCUGGUUUUGAGGGGGAAGUUCUCAUCUGAAUUUGUUUGGAACAUGGCCUUCACGCCCAGUUCCUAUGCAGCCAGAGCCUUCAAGAAUCCGAACUUCUUGGGGAAGUUGAAGAGCUAUUCCACCGAGCGGGUGAGGACGCUCUGCAUCCCCGGUGCGAAUUUCAUUACCUCGGCUCGGGGAGCUGCCGGUCUCUAUGAUGCCAUCCUGUCUGGCACCGGCAGCGCGGGCUUCAAGCCCGAGACGCUGCGCGUCCUCUCGGAGCCCGCCGAGGAGCGCUUCGAUGUGGUGAUACGACAGCCGACAGCCUUCUCACUGGGCUUCGGGAAGCCCGCCUCUCCCGCCUCCUCCUGCUUUGGCAGCAGCAACAAGUGCUUCGGAGCUUACGGGACUGGCGGCCAAUUUGCCUUUGCCGACCCGGAUGCAGAGCUGGCCUACGCCUACUGCACGAACCGCCUCGGCACGCACCUCUGCGACCCAAGGGACCUUGCCUUGCGCCAGGUGGUCUACUCCAACCUGGCGCGGCUAGGCCACCCGUCCCGAGAUCAGCCCCCGGACAAGACGCUUGAGAAGCAUCUGAAGGCCGGGACAGCGAAAGAGACGACCUGCUUUGAUUGGUUUCUGCGACUCUUUGGCGGCUUCUUCCU